UGCUGAACCUCUGUUCCCGCCGCUGCUUUCCACUUCCUUGUCACCACACGACGUCAAGGCAAUCAGACGAUGACCAUGGCAGAUGCGGGGCCCUCCUCCUCCUCCUCCAGCCAGCAGGCCAGCCUUGCUCCGGCUCUCGACGUAUUCGACUCCGCACUGGCAGAAACGACUCGAUCCCACCUCGAGGAACAUGCGCACGCUCAGUCGUCGACCCUGUCGAGCGAUCAAGUCGAAGCCCUCUUGACCAGCACCCUCAUCCCACGCGCUCAGGCGCUGCGCGAUAACAUCUACGGCCUCCUGGGCGAAGACGAGAUGCUACGAAGCACAUUCAAGGAAAUGGCUGCUGCGCAAUUACGCCUCAUGUUCUGUUCCCUCACCCUAGACGAACCCAGCAUCAUCCAUUCCCACCUCGACCACACGAUCUCCCUCACACUCGCCAACCUCCUGGACGACUCCCUUCCCCUCCUCCUCCUCGAAGAACUAAACGAUCGCACCCCCCUCUCGGGACUCCCCGCACUCUUCGCCUACCUAUCAAGUCGCGUCUCCCACCUCACAAGAAACCUCAGCCCCAGCCGCGGUAAAGGUCUCGUGUUGCUCAGACUACUCAACGAUAUGUUGCGUAGAUUGAGCAAGCCUAAUCGAUCCCAUCUUGUAUUGGCGGGGAGGAUCUUGGCACUUUUGGCGGAGGUCUUCCCGCUGGGGGAGAGGAGUGGCGUCAAUUUGAAGGGGGAGUUCAAUGUUGGGAAUGUCACGCGAGUUGAUGAGGACGAGGUGCAGAGGUGGGAGAAGGCGAGGGGUCGAGACGAGGAGAAGGAGGAGGAGGAGGAGCAAAGGGAGACGGAUCCCGCUUCACAGGCUGCGAGGGAUACGAACUUCUACAGGGACUUCUGGGGAUUGCAGGGCGUCUUCUCUAAUCCGGCGGUACUCUUCGAACCGGCGCCUGAAGCUGAGCACGAGACCGAGAUGGAGGCCAAGGAAGACGAAAGAGCUGCGACUACAUCCGACGGGCGCAGAGACGAGGAAGAAGGCACCUCGGACGGUCGCGACCCGCAGUCCACCUCCUCUGAAGGCCAAGACGGGGCCUCGACACCCAACCCGCACCCUACUGCGGCAGCAGGUCAAAUGGGCAAACCCUCCCGCUCCACAUCUCCUACGCGGAGAGCACCCCUCCCCCCCUUCCAAACCUUCCGCAACACCACCGCCCGAGUAUUGGACGUCUUCGCCGAGGCCAGCGCGAGGGAGCGCGAGAUGAGCCAAGCGGAACGGGCGGCCGCAAAGGGUGGUAGAGGGGUCAAGAUGGCCACGGCCACGGCCAGCGCAACAGCCCUGCCUGCGGACGAUGCGACACUCGACAUGUCGCCAGGGAGCGUCAAGAAGAGGAAGAGGGAGGAGAUGCUGCGAAACAGUAUUGCAGGUUCCCUCCUGGGCGAAGAGGCGGUAGCGUCCAGCUCGACCCCAGCCACCACCAAUCACACCAACACCGAAACCGAACCGGAUGACACCACCUUCCCUAAGCACCUGACCUCCCCGCCCCUCUUCGAGUACCAACUACGCUCCCCCUCCUUCCGGAGCCACAUACUCAUCCAGUACCUCAUUCUCCUCCAAUACCUCCUCACAACGUAUACCUCCUCGUCAAAGCGCAAACGAGAGGAGGGAGGGGCAAUGAAGAACCAGCAGCUCCAGCUACAGCUCCAACUACAAGUAGGGGGCGCAGGGGCAGGGGAAGGGGAGGGGUGGGAGAUGAGUGAGGAGGAGGAGCACUGGGCGCGCGACACCUGGAGGAGCGUUGUGACCUUAUUAGAAGAAACGGGAGGGACCGUCGUUGCGGCCCAGUCGGAGGGGAGCGGUGGCGGUGGCGGUGCUGGCAACGAAGGAGGCGCGUCGUCCAGCACAGCAGUGCAGCCCCUCAACCCGGCGGCAGCAGCGGCGGCGGGUCGUGCCUUUAAGUCCUCGAUUCUCCAGUCCCUCCGUCGCGAAGCGCGUUGGGUUCAGUGGAAGGGGGAGAACUGUCCCGCCAUCGAUCGCCCACCUCUUUCUCUCGGCUCUCUCCUCUCCACCUCCCCAUCCCAAUCCCAAUCACAGGUCCGUCUGGCCCUCACGCAAGGCCCGACGACGAGGACGAAUCCUCGGGGCCCUCCCACCUUCUCGCUCGGAACGGCAGCCCUCUCCCAACUCUGGGAGGAAGGUCUCGAGCCCAUCCCCUCUGUCCCGCAGGUUGUGAAGCGCAAGAGGGAGGACGAGGAGGGCGUAGAGGUGGAGGUAGAGGAGAGGUUGGAUGGAUUGGAACAGUUGGAGAUCCCACCUGGAGUUGGGGAUGCGCGAUCCUACGCGGCAAGGAUAAAGAGGGAGGAUCAGCUGGCCAUAAUGAAGGCCAAGCAAAUGGCUGCCAGGGGUGGUGCAGGGGAAGAGGAGAGGGCCCGUGUGAAGGAGGAGGAGGAAGUCGCCCUGAAAGAACGCAAAACGAGCCUCAAUUGGCGUGCACUCCGUCUAGCCCGAGGGGAGACGUUGCGACUUUGGGGCAAGAUUGGGGGAGGAGAUGUCAACCUGCUUCUGGAGGCGGAGGCGGCUGAAGAGGGGGAAAUGCAAAGGAGAAAAGAGGCGAACAGCGCUCCCGAGCCGGUAGUAGCUGCCGCUACCGUCGCCACCGUUGUGGCGAAGGAGGGGGAGUCUCCUCGGGGACAGGCGAGGCGAGAGGGACAGCACGACGCAGACGCCGACGCAGAGGAUCAGGGGGAGGCGGAGGCGGAGGUUGAGGCGGAUGCCGAUGCGACGUUCAUGACUGCUGCUGAGCCUGCGCGGGAGGACGACGAUGACGAGGACGACGACGGGGAGCGGGAGAGCGUGGCUACCACUGCUGCUGAAGAGCAAGAGGGCGAAGCACAAGCAGAAGCAGAGGCGGACGAGACGCCCCGUGGAGAUCGGGACAGGGAUAGGGAGGGGGAUACCACCGUCGAUUUGUCUACGACUAUCCCGGCUGAUUCCUCGGAGCGUGCGGUAGAGGUCGAGGUCGACGUGCCCGUGGAGGGUGAGGGGACUGUUGAAACGCGGGAGGGCGAUGGCGAGGGUGAGGGCGCAGAUGAUAACAAGGCGAGAGCGGAUGAAGAGCAGCAGCACCAAGAAGUCGACGCCGGCCGCGUCGAUGCUGAUGCUGAUGCUGAUGACCAUGCUGAUGCUGAUACGGCCAUGUCCGGCCCUUCUGCCCAACCAGAGGGCGAAGCCGGGAAGGAGGAGGAGGAGGAGGACGUCGAGAUGACCUCUUCGUAAGCCGUCAGCCUUAAGCCGCGCGAUCUGUACUUCCUUGCGUCGCGCUACACUACGCUGCUGCAAUCGAUCUCCCUCUUCACGCCCCUCUCAACCGACGGUGAAUUAGCAUUCAUUCUAG